UACUACGAGGCUAUGGCGUACCAACCGUGUUCAAAUUUGGAAGGUUAGGGUAUUAUAGAUUUUGCCGUGAUCAACAUUCAUUAGGCAGGCAGAGUGGAUAGCUAGAUCCUUGCGAAGUUGCGAUUAUUGGCCGUAGCGUAAUAGCCUCAGCUGGUACGCAAAGUUUAGUUUAGUUUAGUCGGCUUUAUCUGAAAUCUUCCGCCACCUAUAUAUAACGCGCUACCACCUCGCGAGUCGUCACCUUGAAGAAGAAGCUCAGACAGAGAUGGAGGCGGUGGUGAAGCAGGAGCUUCUGAACGACGUGCCGCACUCUUCGCCGAGGCGGAAGGGCGCCAUUUCGGCGGUGCCGCCGGACUCGGUAAUCGCGCUUGAUACGAGCAGUAGUGACUCGGACUCCGACUCGGACUCGGACUCGGAGGAGGAGAACGGGAAGGACGACGCCGUUUUGGGACGCGUGCUGAAGAAGAGGAGGCUGAACGAGAUGGGAGUGAUUAUGCCGGUCUUGGAUCCUCUGCCUUCGCGGGAGGAGGAGGAGGAGGAGUUGCCGCGGAUGUUGCCGGCGCCGGCGGUGUCCGGAGCCGGGAGGGGGAUGUUGAGUGUUAAUUACUGCAAGCAGUUUUGGAAGGCUGGGGAGUUUGAGGUAGUGCCUUGUGGCGAUGCGGAUUCUUCUGCUGGCGGGAUGGACCAUGUGAGGAUUCAUCCCAAGUUUCUGCAUUCCAAUGCAACCAGUCAUAAGUGGGCUCUUGGAGCUUUUGCGGAGCUAUUAGACAAUGCAAUAGAUGAGGUUUGCACUGGUGCUACUUAUGUUAAGGUAGAUAUGCUUGAAAAUCAGAAAGACGGAAGCAGAAUUUUGCUGAUUGAAGAUAAUGGUGGUGGGAUGAAUCCAGAUAAGAUACGAGACUGCAUGUCAUUGGGGUUUUCUACAAAGAGCAAAAUCGCAAACACAAUUGGACAAUAUGGAAAUGGUUUUAAAACAAGUACCAUGAGGCUUGGGGCAGACGUGAUUGUGUUCUCUCGUUGUUGUGGAAAAGAUGGAAAAAGUGCUACGCAGAGCAUUGGAUUGCUGUCUUACACAUUUUUGAGGAGCACAGGAAAGGAAGAUACUGUUGUUCCCAUGCUUGAUUAUGAAAGACAAGGAGCAGAUUGGUACAGGAUGAGACGAUCCUCUCCCAGCGAUUGGAACAAAAAUUUGGAAACGAUACUUGAGUGGUCACCAUUUUCUAGAGAAGAAGACUUGGAUCACCAGUUCUAUCAGAUGAAAAACCAAGGCACUCGAGUAAUUAUUUACAAUCUUUGGGAGGAUGAUGAAGGACAGUUGGAGCUUGAUUUUGAUGCUGAUCCACAUGAUAUUCAAAUCAGAGGUGUCAAUCGCGAUGAAAAGAAUAUACAAAUGGCUAAACAGUUUCCUAAUUCUCGUCAUUUUUUGACCUACCGGCACUCAUUGAGGAGUUAUGCAGCAAUUCUAUAUUUGCGGCUACCCAUCGACUUCCGAAUUAUUCUGCGUGGGAAGGAUGUUGAGCACCACAACAUAGUGAAUGAUAUGAUGAUGUCCCAAAAAGUCACAUAUAAGCCACAGCCUAGUACUGCUGAUGGGAUACCCAAGGAUGCAAAUAUGGCUGCUACUGUCACCAUUGGGUUUGUGAAGGAUGCAAAACAUCAUAUUGAUGUUCAGGGGUUCAAUGUCUAUCACAAGAAUCGACUGAUUAAGCCAUUUUGGCGGCUUUGGAACGCUGCAGGAAGUGAUGGCCGCGGUGUAAUAGGUCUGUUAGAAGCCAAUUUUGUUGAACCAGCUCAUGACAAGCAAGGGUUUGAGCGUACAACAAUUCUUUCAAGACUCGAGGCAAAAUUAGUGCAAAUGCAAAAGACAUACUGGUCUACUAAUUGUCAUAAAAUUGGAUAUGCUGCACGACGUAAUAAGAAGGUCAACAAUGCUGAAGAUAAAGAGACUUCCCCUGAUUUUCUUUCUGAAAGGGACGGUACCACAUCAGGUGUCAAGAGACCACGUUCACUUUCAGAUACAUUCCGUUCAAAAACGGCUGACAAUGGACAUGGGAAUAUACAUGUGUCCGGUAAAGGCAAAAGUACAGUGCAAAUCCAAACAAAGUUGACCCCAACAAGAUCCGGGGAAGAAUCAAGCUCUUCUGAAGCAUCACUACCUUUGCCAGCCAAUGUUAGGGGUGGAAAUGUGCAUAAACAAGUGAAUGGCGGUAGGGAAUCACUACCUUCCCCAGCCAAUGUUAGGGGUGGAAACGUGCAUAAACAAGUGAAUGGCGGUAGGGAAUCACUACCUUCGCCAGCCAAUGUUAGGGGUGGAAACGUGCAUAAACAAGUGAAUGGCGGUAGGGAAUCUAGGGACAAGGACAUACAUGUUGCUGUAUGUGAUAAGCAAGUGAAUGGCAGUUUUCAUAAGUCAUUUACUGCUAUGCAUUAUUCUGGAAAAGAUGGUCCAGCUGUGACUGAAUUAUCUUCAGAUAUGGACGAUACUGAAUCCCAACAAGAGUGUACACCAUGCAGAGGAACCAGUUUAUCUGCCACAAAAUCCAAGUCAAAGGGAAAUGAUUUUAAUUUGGAGGAUUUGAGCAUUGUGCAGCGAUUGAGAAAGGAGAAUCAUGAACUGAAAGAAAAAUUGAAAAAACAGGACGAACAGGCUCCAGCUGAAUUGCUUAAGGACUUGAUGCUGGAAAGGGAGAAGAACAUAACACUUGAAACCAAGCUGAAAGAAGCGGAAAAACAGAUUGAGUUCUUGAACAAGGAACAAGACAGUCUAAUUGAUAUAUUCACGGAUGAGAGGCAGCGACGAGAUGAUGAAGAGAACAAGUUGAGAAAGAAGCUGCAGGAUGCAUCUAAUACUAUUCAAGAGUUGGUUGAGAAGGUAAGGGAGCUGGAAAGGAGGAAGCCUCCUAAGAUGGAAAGGUAGGAUCAUCGGCACACUGUGAAGUUCUUCUAGGACAGUUGACCGCAACUUGAUCCAUGGUUGUUUCCGGUUGAACUGAUGACUUAGCGAAAGUGUAAUUCGACCCAGAAGGUAGUCUAAUCACUAAUGUAGAUCAUGAGCAUUGUUCAGGUGAACUACAGGUCUUUGAUGGCGGACCUCUUAAUACUUGGGCUGUAAAAAUGUGCAAAAAGAAAUGAACGGAAUCCUAGUAGAGAUGUAUAUAUGGGGUAGUAGAAGAUGUUUUUUUUAUUUUUAUGACAGGUAGUAGUAGAAUUUUGUGGUCAUGCACGUCGGCAUAUAUCUUAUAAUGGAUUGGAUUGGUCCUCAAUAGACUAUUGGAAGUUGGAUCAAAUCUAAUUGACAAUGACUUAUGGACCAACAAAGAAAAACUAUGGACGGAAAUGACGUCGUAGGAUAAGUUCGAGCUG